GUGAUUCUCAAAGUGUGGGCUCCUGGACUCGACAGCACUAACAUUUCCCGGAAACUUGUUUGGAAUAGAAACUUUUGGAUCCCUGCACGAGUCAGUGACUGAAACCGCUGAGGAAGGCCUGAGCAGUCUGUGUCUUCAGGCCUCCAGGUGACCCUGAGGGAAAUUACCGUUUCAUGAAACUCUUGCUAACGCGUAGAGCAAACUGGAUGCAGAAGGACCUGGAAGAGAUGACCCCUUUGCACUUGGCCACCCGGCACAAGAGCCCCAAGUGUUUGGCACUUCUGCUGAAGUUUAUGGCACCAGGAGAAGUGGAUACACAGGAUAAAAACAAGCAAACGGCUCUGCAUUGGAGCGCCUACUACAACAACCCCGAGCAUGUGAAGCUGCUUAUCAAGCAUGACUCCAACAUUGGGAUUCCUGAUAUCGAGGGCAAAAUCCCGCUGCACUGGGCAGCCAACCACAAAGAUCCAAGCGCGGUGCACACAGUGCGAUGCAUCCUGGAUGCUGCUCCCACGGAGUCUUUACUGAACUGGCAAGACUACGAGGGUCGAACUCCUCUUCACUUUGCAGUCGCAGACGGGAACGUGACAGUGGUUGAUGUCUUGACCUCAUACGAAAGCUGCAAUAUAACAUCUUAUGAUAACUUAUUUCGAACCCCCCUUCACUGGGCAGCUUUACUGGGCCAUGCACAGAUUGUCCAUCUCCUCCUAGAAAGAAAUAAGUCUGGAACCAUCCCAUCCGACAGCCAAGGAGCAACACCCUUGCACUACGCAGCUCAGAGUAACUUUGCUGAAACAGUUAAAGUCUUUUUAAAACAUCCGUCAGUGAAAGAUGAUUCAGACCUUGAAGGAAGAACAUCCUUUAUGUGGGCUGCUGGGAAAGGCAGUGAUGAUGUCCUUAGGACUAUGCUGAGUUUAAAAUCUGACAUUGAUAUUAACAUGGCAGACAAAUAUGGAGGUACAGCUUUACAUGCUGCUGCCCUUUCUGGCCAUGUCAGCACCGUGAAGUUAUUAUUGGAAAAUAAUGCUCAAGUAGAUGCUACCGAUGUCAUGAAACAUACACCACUUUUCCGAGCCUGUGAGAUGGGACACAAAGAUGUGAUUCAGACGCUUAUUAAAGGUGGAGCAAGGGUAGAUCUGGUGGACCAAGAUGGACAUUCUCUUCUACACUGGGCAGCACUGGGAGGAAAUGCUGAUGUUUGCCAGAUACUGAUAGAAAAUAAGAUCAAUCCAAAUGUGCAAGAUUACGCAGGAAGAACCCCUUUGCAGUGUGCUGCAUAUGGGGGUUACAUCAACUGCAUGGCAGUGCUCAUGGAAAAUAAUGCAGACCCCAACAUUCAAGACAAAGAGGGAAGAACAGCUUUGCACUGGUCCUGUAACAAUGGAUACCUUGAUGCCAUUAAAUUGCUACUAGACUUUGCUGCCUUCCCUAAUCAGAUGGAAAACAAUGAAGAGAGGUAUACCCCCCUCGAUUAUGCUUUGCUCGGUGAGCGCCAUGAAGUGAUCCAGUUCAUGUUGGAGCACGGUGCCCUGUCCAUCGCAGCUAUACAGGACAUCGCUGCCUUCAAAAUCCAGGCUGUCUACAAAGGCUACAAGGUCAGGAAAGCUUUCCGAGACCGAAAGAACCUCCUCAUGAAGCAUGAGCAGCUGAGAAAAGAUGCUGCUGCCAAGAAGCGAGAAGAAGAAAACAAGCGAAGAGAAGCAGAACAGCAGAAGGGAAGGCUGAGCCCAGAUUCCGGCAGGCCCCAAGCCCCUCCCUCUCUGCCCAGCACCCAGGCUGAGCCCCACAGGCAGAGAUGGGGCCCCAGCAAACAGCCUCCCACCAGCAACUUGGCCCAGGGUCCUGAGCAGAGAGCCUGCACGGGGUCUCCAGGCAGAGGGUCUCCAAGCAGAGCCCCCCAGAAGGAGCAGCAUCUGUCCCCAGAUUUGCAGGGAGCAGACCCCAGGAAGCCAAAUGGCCAGUGCUCUGAGAAGGAGCGGGCAGAAGCUCCAAGUCCUCAUGAGGCCCAGGCUCCACAACUUGCACAGCACUUCCACCACAUUCUGUUAAUCAGAGCAAGUCACGAGGCCAGCCCAGAUUCAAGGCGGUGGAGAUAUAGACUUCACCCCUGGAUGAAAGAUGUCACCAAAUCACAUUUCAAAGAAACAUCCAGAGAACAUUCUAAAGGCCGAUCUUCCUGUGUUCACUUCAGCCCCAGUGAAGGCAAUGAUGGAAACAGGUGUCGAGGAGUCUCCUCUGUUGAGAAGUCCGGAGGUGAGACAGUUGGCGAGCAGCGGUGUGACAAGGGGAAAGGCUUCCUGAAGCAGCCGUCCUGUAGCAGGGUGGCUGGGCCUGGUGAGAAAGGAGAGGACCCCAGUUGGGCAGCUACAAGUCUUCCACAGCAGGAUGGCCACCGGAAGCCCAGCAGGCGGCAUGACACAGCACCCAAAGCCAAGUGCACCUCCCAGAAAAGGAGCAUUCAAGAGCUCAGAGGAGGAAGGUGCUCCCCAGCUGGUUCUAGCCGACCUGGCAGUGCCAAAGGGGAGGUGGUCCAUGCUGGGCAGAACCCUCUCCACCAUCGGACACCAAGAAACAAAGCAACACAGGACAAGCUCCAAGAAGAGAUCUACUCAGAUUUGCCACAGAGCACUGAGGUGUUGAGGUCAGGAGUCAGGAAACUGGGGAUAUCCACCCUGUGUGAGGGUGCUCGGACAUCUAAGGAGACUGAGCCAGCUCCUGGUCCCCUCUCUGGGCAGAGUGUGAAUAUUGACCUUCUCCCUAUAGAGCUGCGGCUGCAGAUAAUCCAGAGAGAGAGAAGCAGGAAAGAGCUGUUUCGCAGAAAGAACAAAGCAGCGGCAGUCAUCCAGCGGGCCUGGAGAGGCUACCAGCUCAGGAAGCACCUGGCCCACCUUCUGCACAUGAAGCAGCUUGGAGCCAGAGACAUGGACAGAUGGAACCGAGAGUGCGUGGCAUUGCUCCUUCUGGUUUGGAGGAAGGAACUAGAACUAAAACCCCCGAAGACCGUCACAGUAAGCAGGACCGCCAAGAAUCCAUCCAAGAGUAGCUUGGGCACCAAGUCCACCAGGCAGUCAGUGCUCAAGCAAAUCUAUGGUUGUUCUCAAGAAGGCAAAGUACAUCACCCCACAAGAUCUUCAAAAGCCCAUUCUGUGCUGCGUCUCAACUCAGUGAGCAACUUGCAGUGUAUACACCUCCUUGAGAACAGUGGAAGAUCAAAGAAUUUCUCUUAUAACCUGCAAUCAGCUACUCAAUCAAAACACAAAACAAAGCCUCGCCUGCCUGUAGAGGAAGACUGCAUCCGGGGUAACCCCAAGAGCUAGUGUGGAGUUCUCAUUCUCUGCUGCUUCUCUUUCACAUCUCGGGAAACUUGAGUAGCCAUGCCCAAAGCCUCAUUAGCCUGAAAAUGUGUUAACAACUGAAAAAAGGUCUGCGUUAGCUUUCUGCUCUCAGCACUGUUAACCCGCGCUGGAAGGCCCAGGGUAGACGAUUCGCAUGCUAACUGCCUAGCUGUCUGCCUUCACCUCAGUCAGCGUGGCUGGAAAGGAGAAUUUAUAAUUAACAGUAAAGUCUAAGUAAAACUAGGAACGUGAGUGCCACAGGGCUUGCUAGCUUGGGAUUCCUGCCAGGCAGCUGGUGCAGGCAUGGCUUUUUGGCUCCAGUGAAGAACCUAAAUGAGAUGGGAGGAUGCUGUCCUACAGCAGCCACCUUCAUUUCACCACUUUUCCGGAAUCUAAUGGAACAACUUCAUUACAGACAGCACAUUCUGUUGUGCCAACAUUAUCAGUUUUAGGCCAGAAUCACGACCCAGCGUUUGCUUUGAGGAAUUUUCUGUAAGACCGUUAACAGAUGCUCUGUUCACCUCGGCUGACUCCUUACAUGUCACGGUUCAUGUCAGCCUCUUAAGGCCACAGGCUGCUGUCACUUCUCUGUGAAGGGCAUUACUCGUAUCGUGGCACCAAGGCAUCAGCCCAUUUAUUUAAAAGGCACCAAUUCAGACCUUAACAUUCUUGUUUUCUGCCUGACCUGCAGAGGUGAGCAGUCUUAUCAAAACGCCAUUCCUAUUGACGGGAAACUGCUAACCACAUUCUAGCUCUGUAAGAAUGUGAAAUCUAGUGACUGGGGGCUUUUUCACAUUUUUAAGGAUAAAGCUAAUGUGUAGAAAUGUAGACAGGAGGCAUAAACAGUGACAUAGUAGGCUCACAAAUAUUUCUAGGACUGCUUCCAUUUUCUUAAAGAUUACUGCCACCCUUGUCCUGACAGUAAGAGAUAGGAAGCAAUAAAAUGUUAACUUAA